AUGGAGUCGACACCCAAUCACACAAUCGAUGUUCUUGUGGUGGGCAGCGGCGCUGCUGCUCUGGCGGCCGCUGCCACAGCCAAGCAACUUGGUCUUCGCACUUUGGUCAUCGAGCAAACCGAUAAGAUAGGAGGCACAACAGCGUAUUCUGGAGGCACCAUAUGGAUCCCUCAAAAUUCGGUCUCCGAAGCAGCCGGUUGUAACGACUCCCACGACGCCGCCCGCCAAUAUCUGCAAGAUUCGCUUGCGCUUAGCGGAGGCGCCGGGCCGGAAUCCACCACCGCGCGGAUCGACGCCUUCCUGGCUGGCGGACCCGCGAUGGUCAAUUUCUUCCGCCAUCUAGGCCUCCGGUGGAGACAUUCUCCAAUCCCCGACUAUCACCCGGAGAUUUCGGGUGCCAUGGAGGCAGGCGGGCGGACGCUAGACCCCUGCCCCUUCGACGCCGGCACGUUGGGAUGCUGGGCUGAUCGCCUGCGCCGGCCUGGACACUCGGCACCGGUGGCUUACUUUCACGACUUCGCCAUUCUGACCAAGCCUUACGCGUCCGCCAUCGACCUUCUCACAGUUUGUUGGAUGAAGCUGCGGGCGGUUUUCCGGAGCAAAACCAUGACCAGGCCGACCUGCAUGGGCGCUUCACUCGUCGCACAGCUCUUAGACAUUUGCCUUCGUGAGGGGGGUACGGCCGUCCAGGUUCAGGUGAACACCAAAUUCAAGGAUCUGCUCGUCGAAGGGGGAGCCGUCUGUGGCGCUGUUGUGGAGUCGAAAGAUUCUGGGGUGUUCAAGGUCUACGCUCCCCACGGGAUCCUCCUGGCAGCCGGUGGUUUCGCUCGACGUGAAGACCUGCGGCGGGAACACCUGCCCCUCAUCGGGACCGAGUGGACGCUGACACAACCUGAAGGUGACACGGGAGAUGCUCUGGAAGCAGCGUGCAAGGUCGGUGCGGCCACGUCGCUCAUGGGCGAAGCGUGGUGGAUCCCCACAAUCAUCGAUCCUGGAAGCGGGAGGCUCACGACCGCCUUGUUCGAGCUGUGCAAGCCCCACUGCAUUGUUGUCGACCGGCAAGGGUCAAGACUCUUCUCCGAGGCCGACCCGUACGGCGACGUGGGUCGUGCGCUCUAUCAUCGGUCUCGAGGCGAUGACACCACUGCCUGGUUGAUACUUGACUGGAACUACCGGAAUCGGUACACUCUAGGGUCGCUUGGCCCUAGGGUCGAGCCGGUUGACGCCCUGGCUCGCGGACACAUCUUCAAGGCAGAUGACCUGGCCAGCCUCGCAGCUCAAAUCGGCGUCGAAGCCAACGGUCUGUUACGUACGGUUGGGAGGUGGAACCAGGCGUGCGACGACGGAGUCGACCAUCAGUUCGGUAAAGGCCGCAGCAAGUACCACCUCUUCGUCGGGGACGGAAGCGCAAAGCGGCCAAACAUGGGAACCAUCGAUCAACCCCCAUAUUACGCCAUACAGGUGACUCCGGGAGACGCGGGCACCAAGGGCGGCCUGCUGACGGACGAACAUGGGCGCGUGGUAGAUACACGUGGUAAUGCUAUUGACGGUCUAUACGCGGCCGGCAACUCAUCGGCAUCGGUCAUGGGUGCUACGUCGCUGGGAGCCGGGGUCACUCUCGGCCCAGCUAUGACAUUCGCUCAUCUUGCGGUACUCCACAUGUCCGACAGGCGGAAGGCUAGGGGCGAGCGAGGCUUUUCCUUACCCGGUCAGGAAGGUAGCGAUAAAGAUGCAUAG